CCCUGAGAUUCAAACCCGUGAGGCCGGGCUCUACGCCGCACGCAGCUCCGCGGAACCAUGACUCAGCAGUCCCGGAGGAGCCCCCGGAACUCCAGGACUCGCCCCACUCCCCACCCGGCCCGCCUCACCUGUCAUCGAGACUUGUCACUGCCAGCAGGGCCCGGCCCUCUCACCCCCUCGCCGCCCGCAGCGCCGUCCAGGUGAUGAUGGGCAGCCGGCCCCGCAGCCCCAGCGCCUGCCCUGCGCCCUGCUAGGGGCCGCAGCCCGCGGAACCAGGCCCUGCCAAGCGCCGCCGAACCGAGGAGCCCGCGGGCCCCGCGUCCACGACAGCGCCCAGACUGCAAGUCCCCGCGGGGCCCCCGUUCGCGGGUGCGCUCAUCUCCGUGGUGGUCCUGGCCGCGGGCUGUGCCCUUAAAGUGCGGCUGGACGAUGUCGACCUGGUGGUGCUGGAGCCCGCGCCAGCAGCGGUCCUCCAAGUGUCUCUCGAGGAUUACACCCUCGUGCUGGUCCCCGAGGCCCUCCUGGAGGGAGGGCAGGGCCCGUCGCCUGUCGGUCUGGAACCCAGCGCUUUACUGAGCACUCCUGAGAAGGAUGUCGCCGUCGAGCAGGGAUUCCGUUCGGGAUCUGUCCCAGAGAUCGCCGCCCAAGAAGAGACCUAUGAGGAGGACGCCGACCCCGAGUUCUCGCUGCCUUGGGUGGACCUUGCAGCGGGCUCAGUAGUUGGGCUCUGCCCCUUUGUUGCAACGCCGCCCAGACCCGACCUGCAGGGCUGCAUGCCAGAGCCCUCGCCUUGGACCCCCGUCCCUAGUGCAGAGAGACGCUCUCCUGGCCCCUCCUUCAACCUGGACUUCCACCUUCUGGAGCCCUUCCCCAGCUCACCGCUCCAACCUCUACCUCCCUCUCCAAGUCCAGGUCCGCAGGUGAGCCCCCAGCGCCCGCCUGGUCCUCCGCCCAAGGCCCGGAGACGCCUGUUCCAGGACUGA